CCAUGGAAACCAGCCUCCCAGGAAGUGGCCAGAGGGUUAGUGUGUGGUGAAAUAAAGCUACACAAAUGUCAGGAAGGAAACAACUGCUUUGUAGAGCUGGGUUAACUUUGGGAAUACCUUGACUAAAAUAAGCCAUAUUAAAGGCCAUAAACCACUAACCUCAUGGUUUUACCCUGUGUGGUUUUAAUGGGAAAUGGGCCUGAGCCACUCUAAGGCUCACCAGAGGGUAACCAAAGUAGCACCUUUGCAAGACAAAGAGGAAGAAACUCCCUCCGCAGGCCUGGUGGACUUUGCCUUCACUCAGAAUCUGGAAGAAAAGAGUUCAUGUUCAUUCUCAAGACUGCAGGACCGCAAUAAAGCUUUGGAAGGGCAGCUGCCACCUCUACGAGAGACGUGGUAUGGAAGAUAUUCUGCAGUCCUUCAUGUGCCCAGGGCAAUGUAUUUUGACAUCCCACUGGAACAGGGAGAAACAAGUAUUAUUAAAAGGCAUCCACCUCGAAGAUUCCAAAAGCUUGAACCCAUUGACCUGCCACAAGUAAUGACUUCUGAAAGACUCCUGAGCCAGCAAGAAGCUGCGAGGACUCAAAAGGCAAAGCAGGAACUGGAAAAGAAUAUGCAAAUUCCCACGUACCCUUCUGGGAAAAGACAAUAUUUACAUAAGAUGCAAAUGCUGGAAAUGAACCGUAAAAGACAAGAGGUCCAAGUGGAACUGAAGAAAAGUCUUCACAAGGAGGCAAAAAUUAAUAAGCAGAGACAGAGGGACCACAAAACCAAGAAAAUCCUUCAAAGCAUCCCAAGAAAUGAUGACGGUGACUCUCUAAUCUCGUUGCCUGAUGAAACCUUGAACAGAAGUCCAGGAAAUUCACAAAAUGCAGAAUUUUUGGAACAUCAACCAAGGAAUGACUAUUGUCCCCGGAAAACUGGCAAAAUGGAAACAUGGCUCCAUGAACAAGAGGCUCGGGGACAGCUUCUCUGGGACAGUUCCAGCUCUGACUCAGAUGAAUUGGGGAAAUUUGAAAAGAAACCACGAGCAUUGGUGAGGACCAGGACAGAGAGAAUCCCACUUUUUGAUGAGUUUUUUGAUCGGGAAUAAUACUGCUCUUCACUAACCUAGACAUGGAGUGCAUUGAAAGCCUGCUUUCCUGUAAAAAUUCUUCAAGUUAGUAUAUAAAUUAUCCUGAGGACACCAGUUGGCUUAAGAUUAAAGAUGAGGAGUUCCCGU